AUGCAUAGGUAUAGAGAUAGGGUGAACGGUAUCAUUGCCUUGAUCUGAUUUUUUUUUAUCUAAAGAGCGAUUGCACCUCUUUUCGAACACACGAGUAGUGAACGACAUACAUUGGAUACUUGCAUUGCCAAACUGCUUUUGUAAACUGAUGUUUUUAUCUCAAGGUAAAAACUUUGAUUAAAAAUGUCGUGUAUAUUGGUCAAAAAGUCGACUAACAUAAAUUACAUAAGCCUCCUGCUUCAGAGAUCGAUUUUUGUAAUUUUACAAAAGCAGUGCCAUAGUUCUGCUGAUUCAAGCAGUCCACUGGAAGUUUUGAAGAAAAAAGUUUCCAAGGGAGCAUUGUUGCAUGAUUCCCAUCAGUUAAAGAUAUCGGAAGAGUUGCAAACAGUUUAUGAAAGCGUAAAAAACUAUGUACCUGAAAAACCAAGUCUAUUGUCCAAGUGGAUUGGCAAAGGCAAGAAAAAGAAAAAAGCACCAAAGGGACUCUACCUCUAUGGAGCAGUAGGUGGAGGUAAAACAAUGUUGAUGGACCUUUUCUAUAAUUGUUGUCAGAUGAAAAACAAAAAGAGAGUUCACUUUAAUUCUUUCAUGCUGGAUGUACAUAGCAGAAUACAUGAAGUUAAAAAAGGCGUUGUCCGAGAUCAUAGUACUACGAAGCUUCAGCCUUUUGAUCCAAUACCACCUGUGGCGGCUUCCAUAACUGAGAACACAUGGCUUCUUUGUUUCGAUGAGUUUCAAGUUACAGAUAUCGCUGAUGCCAUGAUACUUAAAAGAUUGUUUACUGAGCUGUUUGACAAUGGAGUUGUAGUUGUUGCAACGAGCAAUAGAAAACCAGAUGAUUUAUACAAAAGUGGGUUGCAAAGGGGAAAUUUUAUACCGUUUAUUCAAGUAUUGAAAGAUCAUUGCAAUGUGUGCACUCUGGACUCUGGAAUAGAUUACAGAGCAAAAGCUCUUUCUGGAAAUGAAGAGCAUUACUUUAUACAGGGAGAAGAAUCUGAUAAAAAUAUUGAGAAAAUAUUUAAAUAUUUGUGUUCAAUGGAAAACGAUGUUGUGAGGUCGAGAAUCCUCAGCAUCAAAGGAAGAAAUGUUACCUUCAGCAAGACUUGUGGUCAAGUUAUGGAUUCUACUUUUGAAGAAUUAUGUGAUAGACCACUCGGUGCUAGCGAUUAUAUUGAAAUAUGCCACGCUUUUCAUACAGUCAUUAUCCGUAAUGUUCCUUUACUUAAUUUAAAACUUAAAUCCCAAGCAAGACGAUUUAUUACUCUCAUUGAUACCAUGUAUGAUAAUAGAGUAAGAGUCGUGGUAUCUGCAGCUGCUCCUUAUAAUAAGUUGUUUGUUCCGGAGGAAGAAGAUCAGUAUACUGAUGAAAAACGAAUAUUAAUGGAUGAUUUAAAAAUAUCACACGGAACAGACGAUCAUCAAUCAAAUAUAUUCACAGGUGAAGAAGAAUUAUUUGCAUUCGACCGUACAGUGUCUAGACUGGCGGAAAUGCAAACUAAUGCAUACUGGAAUGAAUGGGAGCAUCAUAGAUAACGAUGUUACACGCUAGUCAUGAUUGUUUUUACAUAUACUUAACGUAGAUCGUUAAUUAAACGAAUCGAGGUACAAAUAUUUCCAAGGACGAAAUAUUUUUUUUAGACGUCAACCGUUGUAUUACUGUUGUGAUACUCAUAAAAUGCCUGUACUUACACAAUUACAAAAAAAAAAUAAUAAUAAUUCUGUAUGAUUGACCAUAUUGUUGAAAACCUGCCCCUAUUUAUUUAUUUAUUUUUAUUCCUACUGUAAAACAAGAAACAACGAUUUUAUGUAAAUAUGUACAUGUCCGUUCAGAAAUUCAUAAAAAAAUAAAUUGCUUUGUUUAAAGCAACUCUAUUGAAAA